UGAGCGUUAAAAGUUUGGCGGGUGUUUGGCGCGUUUCGGUUGGAACACGCAACGAGGCUGAAAAGCAGAGGAAAGAGGGCGAAUUAUGGCAAUCGAACCUACUUCUCGUCGCUACGCGCAUGCGGAAGGAACUACUCAUCUUACGUUUGAUAGGAAAAGGCACCUGGUCACGUGUGGUCACGACUGUGACGUGAGGAUCUUCUCUGGCAUUGAAGAAGACGACAGUUCGGAGUUCACCGUCUCCACGGAAACUGUGUGUGCCAUCGCUCCGUACACUCUCGAGAACCGCGACCUGGUUGCCGUGGCAAUUGACAACCACUCGGUGCAGACAUUCACAGGAGAAGGAGCACCGGAGGGUCUGUUAAUGAGAUUCACGUCUCCAGUCACAUUCCUGUCUGUAGACCAAGCCCACCUCAGACUUGUGGCCUCGUCAUGUGACUUCACCAUCAGAACUGUUCGACUCGAUGACAUCACUCAAGUAAAAUACAGUGGAACCUCUCUCUCAGGACACCCCUGAAAUGAGGACACCUCUCCAAUAAGGACACCCCUGAAAUGAGGACACCUCUCCAAUAAGGACACCUUUUCUUUCUCCAAGAACAGCUCUUGCAUGUGCUUAAAAUCCUGUAAUGAGGACACCUCUCUAAUAAGGACACCCCUGAAAUGAGGACACCACUCCAAUAAGGACACCUUUUCUUUCUCCAAGAACAGCUCUUGCAUGUGCUUUAAAUUCUGUAAUGAGGACACCUCUCUAAUAAGGACACCCCUGAAAUGAGGACACCUCUCUAAGGACACCCCUGAAAUGAGGACACCUCUCCAAUAAGGACACCUUUUCUUUCUCCAAGAACAGCUCUUGCAUGUGCUUUAAAUUCUGUAAUGAGGACACCUCUCUAAUAAGGACACCCCUGAAAUGGAGGACACCUCUCUAAGGACACCCCUGAAAUGAGGACACCUCUCCAAUAAGGACACCUUUUCUUUCUCCAAGAACAGCUCUUGCAUGUGCUUUAAAUUCUGUAAUAAGGACACCUCACGUAAUAUAAUAAUUAUGGACACCUUUUCCUUUCUUAAGAACAUUAUUUGCAUGCUAUUCAGACAUCUCACUAGAGUAUGGACAAUUUCAUUUCCAGAUUAGAUUAACUGGAAAAAACGUGCAGUUUUUAAAGUCUUAUUCUGUCCACCUACAUAGAUUGCCAUUUUGCGGGGUCACGAGGCCCCCGUGUUGUGUGCAAUAUUUGACCCCCGGGGGCAGCUACUGGCCUCCACCUCCUGUGACGGCAGUCUCAGAGUAUGGGACCUGAAGAAUGGGAACGUCUGUGUGAAACAGCUGCAAGUACUUCACAAGUGCAACGACGUCUCCACGGCAACGAGUAUGGCAACGGUCUCCUGGCAACCAUCCUCUGGAGAGUUGCUAGCUGUUCCCGUGGAAACAGAGGUCAGAGUGUACCAGAGAGGGACAUGGGAGUGUGUCGCUACCCUCGCUGACUCCGCCCACAUAGAGGUAAUGAACGUGGUGUCGUGGAGGGGGUGUGGUCAAUUCCUGGCCUGCGCUGGUGUUGAUGGGGUCGUCUCAGUUUGGGACUACAGCAAUAGAUCUGUCAGUGGGAGAUAUCGUAAUGAGAGUGGGAUCGGAAUCACAUCCCUGGAAUGGUAUCCGGACACAGAGGAAUCGGAACGGGACGGGAAGGCUGGUCUCUAUUUUGCUGACAACGAGGGAUACAUCGGGUGGUUCCAGGGGGCGGAGCCUACAGUGGGUGGGCGUGGUUCAACCAAAGGGGUGGAAUCAACUGAUGAUCCUCUGGCAGAUGACAGUUUACUCAUGGAGGGAAUUCCCCCCGAUGCUAUUUUUGGAACCGACGACAUCAUGGACGGAGACGACGAGGUGCUGGACGGUGCCCAUGACGACGAGGACGAAACGGCUUUGUCUGGUUCCCAUAGCAACCUAGCUGAAGACGAUGACAUCAUUCAUUCUCGUAAGAGACGGAGACUGCUGGAGGACAGUGAUGAUGAGGGGGAGACAGAGAGCAAUGCAGCUGUUGCCCCUGACGAUGUGGAGAGUCUCAUCUCGGGUGAUGUUGGCCCCGCCCCCUCUCGUCCGCUGGCUCCACCCACCUCCAUUGCCCGGACGGCGGCAGCUGCAUUCAGUGAGAAGUUUGUUGAGGUGUACCAGUCUCCCCUUCUCCCCUCCUCCACCCCUCACACCCUCCCACAUCACUUCCUCACUUACAACAUGGUGGGCGUGGUCCGUAGCCAUAACGACGACGACACACACAUGAUCGAGGUGGAAUUCCACAAUUCGACAGUUCACCAUUCCUUCAGCAUUCCUAAUCACCAUGGCAACAACAUGGCCUCACUGAGUGAGUCGUGUCUGGCGUUGGCAUGCCAACGAAACGAAGGAAACCCCAGCCAGCUGCAGUGUCUUCACCUCUCGACGUGGGACUCAGGGAACAAGGAAUGGAGCCUCUCACUCCCCGCAAAGGAGUCGGCUACCGGUCUGUCGCUAGGAAACGGAUGGGUAGCCGUGGCGACCGAUAAACAACUGCUGAGGGUGUUUUCGUUGGGAGGAAUGCAGCGCGACGUGCUCUGUGUUGCCGGGGUGAUAGUGGGUGUGGCCGGGUGGGGCUCUCGUUUGGCAGUCGUUUACCAGGAACCACCCUGCACAGAGAAGGUGUUCCAGUUGAAGGUGUGGGUGUUGGAUGUGGUGAAGAGAAAGCAGCUGUUCCGGCCUCACUCCCUCCCUCUCUCCCUCCACUCAAAACUAGACUGGUUUGGGUCAGCUCAUCGACAACGUUUGAAGCUUAAAUGUUUUCGAAAACAUUCUCAGAAGGAGGAUGUCUGGUUACCCAUGACAGCAAGGGAAUAGUUCGUCUGCUUGACUCCGCCCACUAUGGAGGGUUGUCAUGGAUACCGAUCCUGGACACAGUGAAGCAAGUCGGGAGCAAAGCAGACCACUACUUUGUGGUCGGCAUGACACACAAUCCUGACGAAAUCAGAGCUGUGUUGUGUAAAGGUCUGACGUUCCCUCCAGUCUACCCGAAGCCAGUCAUGACCGUCCUCCCAAUCCAGCUACCUCUCUGUGACCUCGUCUCUGAGAAAACUCAACUCGAGG